AUGGGGAAAACAUUAAACGAUUCUACUACACAAACAAUCAUUUAUCUUCAUAAUACACUGCCAAUUAACUGGCAGUCACAAAAAUAUUCCAACGGUGGUCUAACUUCAAUCAAUCAAACACAACUUCGCAUAUUACUGAAGGCUAAGCAAUUUGUCUACCUUAAGGCGAAAUCUCAAUUUGCAAAUGUACAAUUAAUUCAAAAAUCCAUACUAUUUUUCAUAUCAGAAGGAAAAUUGCAUGCGAAACCAUCACAGCAAUUCGAAUUAAACUCCACUGUACGACCAAUAUGCAUACUGGCAGCAUUCACUCACUAUACUACUUAUAUGCGUUUUCAGCGACAACAAAUUUCAUUCAAUAUCAAACACAUAUGA